CUCCGCUUGGUCGAAUUACCCACAAAGGAACUCACUGCAGGGUCUCCCGACCCCACCCCGACGAGAUACUGCUCUUUCCCUUUCCGUCUCCUGGACGGUGGCGGCUGCUGCCACCAUGCUGAGGCGCGAUGUCAAAAUUGCGGGAGAAGCGAGGGUCAUCAGGCACAGAUGGCGCACGCACCCCAGGGGCUAUCACCUGACCUCCACGCUGCUGAAGAAGGGCACUGAGACUGCGGCUACCAAGGCAAUAGGCUCUGUGGUGGAUAACCUCUAGGGCGUUGCACGUAUGGCCCGAGAGCAUGUUGAUGACCUCCAAGAACGGGCUACUAAACGUCGCAAGAAGAAACCGGAAGGAGCCGCCACCAGAUCUGCUGCCGCUGCUGCGGUGGCUGCUGCUGCUGCCGAACGAGGUCCAAGGUUAGGAGCCGAUGCACGUCUCGCUCGCUCGGAUCCGCUUGAGGCGCAUCUUUUCAGCGGACCGAGGAGAAGCCCACAACCCACAACGACUCCUCCACGACAACGGCAAACGGCUAUCGACGGGCACCGCGACGGGGUGAAGCAGAGCGUGUUAGAGGAUGAUGUGUUGAAGGAGGAGCUGAGGGAGUUGCUGCGUGUCGGAGAACUUGGAGAGGCAGCGGCGACGAAGGCUGCUGUCGAUGCGGAGAACACUCGCGCACUGGUCGCCUCUAUAGAGGCGCUGAAGCAACACUCCCACAGCAACAUCGGCCGCACUGCCUACAACACCGUCAUUGCCGCAGCUGCCGGAGCGCAGCACACGUGCGAUCCUGAUGACCCUUGCACCCCGGAUGAGCCGUGCGCACCUGCUGAGCCGCAUGGUGCCGUCAGCCUUACCGCGCGAGCACAGAGUCUCGGUGUGAGAGAUGCCACGUUCCGUGCAGCGCGUACCCGGAUGCACAGGACUGACCACACCAUACCUCCACAGGAAGCUUUGGAGAAGGGGAGAUACCUCUGGGCUCCUCGCAAGGAAAGGAGCGACAAGAUGGACGAACGUGUCAUGGGUUUGGCGAGGAGGUUCUGGCACUCAGACGAUAUUUCUCGUGCGUCGGGAGACUCCGGGACGAAAGCUAUGUGGAGGCCGUCCAAGAAGGCAGGGGAGGAGUAUCACCCCCGUAGGCAGCUCAUGGUCGCGGGGGACCAAGUAUGGCACAAGUUUCUGAAGUGGCCGGAGUACUUGGGGCUUAAGGCGGAGCUGCUGAGGGAAGACAACAGCUUCACGGACCCUGGGCGGACGCUGUUCCUCUCGACGCGGUGUGGGUGCUUAGUGGAACCCAAGGUAUCGCAGUGUGCAUGCCAGAUCCACACGCAGCAGGGGCUGUACCUGAAGGCCUUCGAGAUGUUGAUGCCUGCAAUACAUGCCAACUGUGACUGCACGUGCAAGUGGUGCGACGGGGGGAGUGGGUGUGGAAAGUGGAUGGCCAUGUGUAAAGAUCUGCACAGCUUUUCUGAGGCUUUGGCUUGCGAGAAGGUAGACUUUCUUGAGGAGGACCGAGGGGGUAGGUUUGAGCACUGGGGGAGGAAGCCCGCAUGCGUUGCGAUGGAAUGUUCCGAAUGCGGGUUUGGCAACCCAGGCGGCAUCCCCAUGAACUGCGAUGCCCUGGGGUCUAUGGCGGACAGAGUAGUCGGGUGGCUUCGGUUCGCGGAUCAAGUCAUGGAGGAUGGGAAAGUGCACAAGAAGCAGCAGCUACCCCAGGGCGGAAAACUGGGUGACCUGUGGCAGGAGUUUGUGGAGCACUCCAAGAAGUAUCUUCAUCACCAUGAGCUAGCAAAGUGGCAGCGCCAAGCCCACAACAUGUGCCUGGCGACGUUCUCCAAAGGCGAGCUGUUGGUGGAGACCGACUUUAUCGAGAAGUACAAGCACGAGGCUGGCGCUAUCUUGACGUGCGCUACUGCGCCCUCCACGACCAUGAUGGUGGCCCUAGUUCACCACAGUCCUGACGACAACGGCCGGCAUGAGACAGACGCAUGGGUUUUCGUAUCGAGUGAUCCCAAUCAUGACUUCGACUUCCACAUCUACGCCAUGGACAUCAUCCUUCAGUACUACAUCACGGGGGAUGGGCGGGCCGCUACUGCUGGAACCCCGACCCCGACGGUGCACAUCUUCACCGACGGGUGCGCCAAACAGUACAAGGGGAAGCGCAACUUUCAUGCCGUAGCCAAGAGCUUGCACAGGCUUGGUGCCAUCCUCAUCCACAACUUCGCGGUCACGUCGCACUUCAAAGGCGCCCACGAUGGCAUCGGAGGGUUGCUGAAGGCUCUACUGCGAGAAGCGGAGAAAAGGGGCCAGCGCAUCCACGACACCGAAGCCGCAGCCGACUUCCUCAAAGCCUACGCCGAGGCAAAGGAGGAUGGAGGAGGCCACUUUUCAACCUGGUCUCCCUACCGAAUCAGGAGGUUCCACAUCAAGCUUCUUGGACACCGAGAGAUCCCUCGCCCGUUUGUAGAUUUGACCGGCAUCUCUGGGAGUUCCAAGCUGUACCAGUUCAUGGGAGCGGAGGUCCAGGAGGAGGAAAGCUCGGGCGUGAGCGUAGAGGUGCAGAAAGAGAGCGGGGUUCCUCCCCUCGUAGGUGGCGAGAACGAGGUUGUAGUUAACCCGCUGAGAUGGCAGGCAGACGAAUCAAUCGUUCUGACGGUUCCGGCUGUCACGAAGCGAUACAAGCUGCGCGUUCGCCAGGCGUCGUGCUACUGCUCGAAGUGCAGUGUUGGAGCUUACGACGACUGCGUCCCGGCCAAAAAGUAUGAGGGGAUGGUCGGUAUGGUGAAGGAUGUGUCGGGCAAGCACAAGGUAACCCGGACGUCUUGUGGUGUAGGGGAUUGAGGGGUGUCCGUGUUGCACGUCAUGUGUUGAUUGACGCCUUUUUCUCUUCGAUGUUCUUCUGUUUUUUUGGGUAAUUUUGUUGCAGUAUUUGUACUUUUUUUGUUGCUGUGUGCUGUUUGUUGCAUGUUGCUGUAUUCACGUGCAGCAGCAGGUCGUCUCCCUUGCAGUUUGGGAUACCAAAAAAGGGUCUCCAGCAGGAGAAAACAAUAUUUGCAGGCGCUGGUGGCUAAUAUUUUCACGGUUUGUCGCCCAAAUAGGCUGUCUUUUUCCAUAUAUAUAUUGCACAACAUACAUUAUUUUCAAGCACGUCGGUGAAAUAAAUGUCCCAUAUGUCACAGGGUAUACUUGGGGUAAAUCUCCGCGGUUGCACGCAUCAAGUAGCCCAAAAAACGCGCUUGAAAAUGGCCCUAUAAACACGUUUUAUCGCCGUUUUUCCAAAGGGGGGGGACGUUUUAGCCUCAUCCCCGUUUUUUUUUUUUCAUACAGUGUGCAGUAUAAAACACUACAUAUGGCUGAAACCUCAACAUCCCGACGUCGGGCACUCAAUUUAACCCGCGGAACUAGGCCUACACCCCACCAAAGCACCCUGACACACUUUUUGGAGCUUUAGUCUUCGGGGAACAUCAUCAACUGGACCGCUGCACACUCGAGCGCGGAAGGCGCCACAGGAGAGAGGCGGAGGGGGGCCGUUGGGUUGAUCUCUCUACAGUAUUCUCUCGAGAUGUACCCGGGCGGGGCAAUCAAAUAUUUGAAGUGGCGGAGCCCCCGCACUCGGUACGCUGCGGUACGCUGCACGCUUGCACUUUAAAUAUCUACUUCAGUACCAUAAAUCCCAAUACCAGCGAACCAGUGGGAGGCGGGCAAUUCAAUUUGAUACGCAAUGUACGUAGCAAGUCUAGGCCGAUAUUUUAUCAGUGGGAGUUGAGAACAGGGGUCUCUCCUUGCGUGUUUCCUGCCGUCGUUCAUCCAUGGUCCACUCAGUAAAAUAUUCACGGUACAAACUUAAACUUCCACUGCUGUGUUUGUAUAUCGAAAGGAUAGCCUUUCUUUGAAUGUACCCUUAGUAUAGUUUCUACAACCCAACGACAGGUCGUCAUGUCUCAUUCCCCCAACACACGUUGCUUGCGAAAACAAUAGACCAGUGUUUGACAAAAAAACAAAAAACAGACUGCUCACGGGCAUUAGGUGUAGUGACUUUUUUGUACAGGGUACAGGCGCGCCCGCACUAAGAGCCGCACGUAAGAACUUGGCAAUUAAGAGUUCGGACAUAUGCAUAAAAAACCCGAAUCUAAGAAACUGAGCACCAGUUGCG